AAAUGUUCAAAAGACUUCUUCAAGUCUCCUCCAUCCAUAGAGGGAACACAUCAACCCUUGUCGAUCAUUCUGCUCUCACUACUCAAAGUUACAAUAGAGGAAGAGGUCGAGGAAGCAAUCGAGGUGGCCGAGGCGGAGGACGAAAUUCUACCCGUUUUUGUGACUUCUGUAACAAACAAGGGCACACUCGUGAGGUUUGCUGGAAACUUCAUGGAAAACCAACUAUGGUGAAUAUAGCUCAGUCUGCGAAUUCAGAUACACAAGUUAUCUCAAAGGAUGAGUAUGCAGAAUUCUUGCAAUUAAAGGCCGCCAAAACAACCAUUUCUCCAGACAGCACCCACAUUGCUCUUGCUUCACAAUCAAACUCUGUUUGGUUUUUGGACUCCGGGGCCACCGAUCACAUAUCUGGACCGACAAACAAGGGAAAUGCUUGGUACGGGACAUGAAUCACAAGGACUCUACCAUCUUUUAGGCUCUACCAAUACCAACACAGCUUGCGCCGCUACUGUUUCACCUCUCCUUAGCCAUUGUCGCCUUGGGCAUCCCAAUAUUAAUAAAUUAAAACAACUUGUUCCUGGCUUGUCAGAUUUAAAGAACAUAGAAUGUGAGUCUUGUCAACUUGGGAAACACUCAAGAGCCUCAUAUCCUAGUAGAGUGAAUAGAAGGGCCAGUACACCUUUUUCUUUAGUUCACUCUGAUGUUUGGGGACCAUGUCGUGUUUCAACCACCUUAGGGUUCUUGUAUUUUGUCGUUUUCAUUGAUGAUUUUUCUCGAUGCAGUUGGGUCUUUCUAAUGAAAAACCGUU